AUGAAACUCCUCCUCCUGCUCACCGGCCUUCUCGGCUCGACCCACGCCUCGCCCCUCGCCUCCCUCCUCGCCCGCGGGGACCCAAUUGAUCAUACUCCCGGCCGCUUACCCGACCCCCUAACGAACAACAGACUCCCCUCACUCGGCAAGCCCGAACUCCGCAAACCCAUCAUAAACGUAGCCGAAGGUUUUCCAUGGGUCACCUCCCCCUGUGAUAUGACGCACCCACACCCCCAGGUUGAAGGGCGACCCUGGCAAGAAUUCGCCAUUCCAGCUAUAGAUACCUGCAUCGAAUUCCCCAAAUGGGGACCUUAUCUCCCGAGUGGGUAUACCUUUCGCGUGGAGGAUUACUCCAUGAUUCCCACCUCGGAUGAUUUUCCUUGCCGGUUGAUGAUGUGGUUGGAUCCGAAUUGCACGGCGAAUCCGGAUGAGUUGAUUGGGGAGCAGUUGGUGUUGGAUUACAGGAUCAACGGGGAAGAAACCGAUGACAAGUCUCGCUGCUGGUCGCAUGAUACCGAGUGUACGGCAGUGAGUGCCAUGAUCAAGUGCGGCUGGACACCCCAAUAA